AUGGUGUCUGUGUUUCAGGUGUCUGUGUUGAUGGUGUCUGUGUUUCAGGUGUCUGUGUUGAUGGUGUCUGUGUUGAUGGUGUGUGUGUUUCAGGUGUGUGUGUUUCAGGUGUCUGUGCUGAUGGUGUCUGUGCUGAUGGUGUCUGUGUUGAUGGUGUGUGUGUUUCAGGUGUCUGUGUUGAUGGUGUGUGUGUUUCAGGUGUCUGUGUUGAUGGUGUCUGUGUUGAUGGUGUCUGUGUUUCAGGUGUGUGUGUUUCAGGUGUCUGUGUUGAUGGUGUCUGUGUUGAUGGUGUCUGUGUUGAUGGUGUCUGUGUUUCAGGUGUCUGUGUUGAUGGUGUCUGUGUUUCAGGUGUCUGUGUUGAUGGUGUCUGUGUUGAUGGUGUCUGUGUUGAUGGUGUCUGUGUUGAUGGUGUCUGUGUUGAUGGUGUCUGUGUUGAUGGUGUCUGUGUUGAUGGUGUCUGUGUUGAUGGUGUCUGUGUUUCAGGUGUCUGUGUUGAUGGUGUGUGUGUUUCAGGUGUCGGUGUUGAUGGUGUCUGUGUUGAUGGUGUCUGUGUUGAUGGUGUCUGUGUUUCAGGUGUGUCAGAAGCUCUCCAGAGUCACUGUCGCAGAAGGAACCUCUGAGUCAGACGCAGUGUGUGGAGAGAAGAUCCUGGUUCUGGGUCUUGGUCUUGGUUUUGGUUUCCUGGGUCUUGUUCUCCUGGGUUUGGGUUUGGGUUUGAUUUUAUAUUGUUACAUCAGGAAAAGACGGAACGCAGAACUAGAAAGACUGAACGCAGAAGAAGAGGGACUGAACGCAGAAGAAGAGGGACUGUACGCAGAACUAGAAAGAUGGAACGCAGAAGAAGAAAGACUGAAAGCAGAAGAAGAAAGACUGAAAGCAGAAGAAGAAAGACUGAACGCAGACGUAAAAAGAUGGAUCGCAGACGUAGAAAGACGGAACGCAGACAGAGACGGAUGGAUCGCAGACGUAGAAAGAUGGGACAAAGACACAGACAGAUGGGACGCAGACAGAAAAAUAUGGGACAAAGACACAGACAGAUGGGUCGCACACAGAGACAGAUGGAACGCAGACAUAUACAGAUGGGACGCAGACGCAAAAAGAUGGAUCGCAGACAUAGAAAGACGGAACGCAGACAUAAAAAGACGGAACGCAGACAUAAAAAGACGGAACGCAGACAGAAAAAGAUGGAACGCAAACGUAGACAGAUGGAACGCAGACAUAGACAGAUGGGACGCAGACAGAAAAGGAUGGAACGCAUUAAAAGAAAUGCUGAACGCAGAACUAGAAAGACUGAACGCAGAAGAAGAAAGACUGAACGCAGAAUGUUCUAGCUUCUUCCCCGUUCCUCCUCUGUUCUGCAGUGUUCUAGCUUCUUCCCUGUUCCUCUUCUGGUCUGCAAUGUCCCAGCUUCUUCCCCGUUCCUCCUCUGGUCUGCAGUGUUCCAGCUUCUUCCCCGUUCCUCCCCUUGUCUCUGCAGUGUUCUAG